GAGAGGAAUUUUGGCCUUUUUUCCUCUUCACACUUCACGCUUUUUUUGAUUCUUUCUCCCCAAGUUGGUCUCCUUUCAUAGGUGUAAAAACACCACCUUAGGCCUUAAGCUCAUCACCCUUUGAAUACUUAAUUACUUACAUUUUUCUGGCAUUACUUUUUUGUGUUAUGACACUUUUUUUUCCGAGGAAAAAGUGGUACACUUCUUUCACUGUUAAUGCGUUUCUUCUCGUAAAUCUUUUUCUUCUUCUUUUUCUGUGUCAUUUCACUGGAGUUUGUCACCGCUUUUUUUUUUUUUUUCUGCUUCUCUCAGUUAAUACAACUUCCAAAGUAGGGGUUUUCAGCUUUCACUUGGCCCUCCGGGGAUCGUGUUAUCAUCUGGGUUUUAGUCCUUUUUAGUUUUUGUUGUUGGUUUUUGAAGAUUUUUUAUUUGGAACUUGUUUUGGCGAUUUGGGAAUUGUUUUUAGCGUGAGGAUUAUAUAAGUUUUGGUUUUUAAAGAAGGUUUGAAGUUAGAAAAAGAGGAGAAAAAUGGCAGGAGGAGGCGGAGGAGGAGCUGCACCACAACCAAAGCAAGAAGAGUUACAGCCGCAUCCAGUCAAGGAUCAGCUGCCUAACAUUGCUUAUUGCAUUACUAGUCCUCCUCCUUGGCCUGAGGCUAUACUAUUGGGUUUUCAACAUUAUUUGGUGAUGCUUGGGACAACUGUUCUCAUACCAAGCUCUCUAGUUCCCCAGAUGGGAGGUGGAAAUGAAGAGAAAGCAAAGAUGAUUCAGACAUUGCUCUUUGUGGCUGGGUUGAACACAUUGUUUCAAACAUUGUUUGGUACCCGUCUACCUGCAGUGAUUGGAGGUUCUUUUACCUAUGUGCCAACUACCAUUUCGAUCAUUUUGGCUGGUCGAUAUAGUGGCAUUGUGAAUCCUCAGGAGAAAUUUGAGAAGAUAAUGCGUGGAAUCCAGGGUGCUCUUAUUGUUGCCUCAACUCUUCAGAUUGUUGUCGGAUUUAGUGGCCUUUGGCGUAAUGUUGCAAGGUUCUUAAGUCCCCUGUCUGCUGUUCCCCUGGUUGCUCUGUCUGGCUUUGGGCUCUACGAAUUUGGUUUUCCUGUGCUUGCCAAAUGCAUAGAGAUUGGACUACCACAGAUCAUCCUUCUCUUAAUCUUUUCACAGUAUAUACCUCAUAUGAUACAUGGGGAGCGGCAUGUGUUUGACCGCUUUGCUGUCAUAUUCUCAGUUGUGAUUGUCUGGAUUUAUGCUCAUCUGCUUACUGUUGGUGGGGCAUAUAAGAACACAGGACCUAAAACUCAACUGAGCUGCCGAACUGAUCGUGCUGGGAUUAUAGGUGCUGCCCCUUGGAUAAGAGUCCCAUAUCCUUUUCAAUGGGGAGCUCCCUCAUUUGAUGCUGGUGAAGCUUUUGCUAUGAUGGCAGCUUCAUUUGUUGCUCUAGUAGAGUCUACCGGUGCCUUCAUUGCCGUUUCAAGAUAUGCAAGUGCAACGCCAUUGCCCCCUUCCAUUCUUAGCCGUGGUAUUGGUUGGCAGGGAGUUGGCAUUCUCUUCUCUGGGAUAUUUGGAACUGGGAAUGGAUCGUCUGUUUCUGUUGAGAAUGCUGGUUUGUUGGCACUGACACGUGUAGGCAGUCGAAGAGUUGUCCAGAUAUCUGCAGGGUUCAUGAUCUUCUUCUCCAUUCUUGGAAAAUUUGGAGCCGUGUUUGCUUCAAUUCCACCCCCAAUUAUUGCAGCUUUAUAUUGUCUUUUCUUUGCGUAUGUGGGUUCAGCGGGGCUCGGCUUCCUUCAAUUCUGUAAUUUAAACAGCUUCAGAACAAAGUUUAUAUUAGGUUUCUCUGUUUUCAUGGGUUUGUCCAUACCACAGUACUUCAACGAGUACACAGCAGUUAAUGGUUAUGGUCCAGUUCACACUGGAGCGAGAUGGUUCAAUGACAUGAUAAACGUGCCAUUCUCAUCUGAAGCAUUUGUUGCUGGUUUAUUGGCGAUGAUCCUUGAUGUCACAUUGCACCGGAAAGACAGUACGACUAGGAAGGAUCGUGGCAUGCACUGGUGGGACAGGUUCCGAUCAUUCAAAACAGAUACAAGAAGCGAGGAGUUCUAUCGCUUGCCCUUCAAUCUCAACAAGUUCUUCCCAUCAGUGUGAUCUUGGGACAUAGUUUUCAAGUGAUGCUCAAGUCAUGCACUCCCAAUACAUCAUUAGAAUAUGGAUUUUGUCCAUUUUCAUCAUUGUGGUUCUCACAUUAGAACAUGGAUCUUUCCAUUUUCCACCACUGUUUAACUCCAUGAACAAACAUACGCGGCGCAAACAAAUAUGUUCAUUCACAGUUCUUUUAGUGGUACUUAGCUAUCACCUUAAAUCCCAAAAUACUUGCGGUAUUGAUUUAGCAUGAAAGCAGAAUAUUUAGGACAUCAUGUUCCUUUAUAUA